AUGGCGAAUUUCUCCAGUGUUCAGAUUCUCUUCUUCGUGUUCAUCACAAGCGGCAUUGCUGUUUCAGCCACCGUCUUCACUUUGGAGAACCUUUGCCCUUACACCGUCUGGCCCGGAAUCCUCUCCGGCAACAGCAACACCCUCGGCGACGGCGGAUUUCCCUUGACGCCUGGCGCUUCCGUACAGCUCACGUCUCCUCCGAGAUGGUCAGGCCGGUUCUGGGCUCGUACCGGCUGCAACUUCGACUCCUCCGGCCGCGGUAACUGCGUCACCGGAGAUUGCGGCGGAGUUUUAAAAUGUAUCGGCGGCGGAGUUCCUCCAGCCACUCUGGCCGAAUUCACCGUCGGAUCAGGCGAAUCCGGCAUGGAUUUCUACGACGUGAGCCUCGUCGACGGUUACAAUGUCCAGAUGGGGAUAAAACCUCAAGGAGGUUCCGGAGACUGCAAAUACGCAGGCUGCGUCUCCGACAUCAACGAGAUUUGCCCUAGCGAGCUUCGGAUCAUGGAUCCGAACAACAAUGGAAGCGUGGCCGCGUGCAAGAGCGCCUGCGCGGCGUUUAAUUCGCCGGAAUUCUGCUGUACGGGAGCUCACUCGACGCCGAUGACUUGUUCUCCGACGCAAUACUCGGCGAUGUUCAAGAACGCUUGCCCUAGCGCUUACAGCUACGCUUACGACGACGCAACAAGCACCUUCACUUGUUCUGGAGCUAGCUACUUGAUCACUUUCUGCCCCACCACUUCUUAA